AUGGCUGAACAUCGCACGACAAAGACUGCAACGGGUGGCAGUUUGGUCAUUGGCGGCUGUGGCUUUCUUGGAUACCACCUUGUGCGCCAUCUGCUGCGAGACGACGCCCGGCCGCUGCAGCCUGUCCAUGUCCUCGACAUAAACACUGGCAACAAUCGCGUCGACGGCGUCUCGUCCUACACGCAAGGCGGCAUCACCGACGAAGCAGCCGUCCGCUCAUUGCUCGACACGCUGCAACCACACACCGUGUUCCACAUGGCGUCACCGCCGGCAUCGCUGCCGUCGAGCCGCCAGAGCGAAUUUCACGCGACCAACGUCGUAGGCACGGCGACACUGUUGCGGGCAGCCGCCGAAUGCCCUCCUGUCAAAGCAUUCGUGUACACGUCGACCGUCGACGUCUAUGCCGAUCCGCCGCACGACAAAACGGGCGAAGACUGGCCACUAUGGACCGAUGUUUUGGGGGACGGAAAGGGGAGACGCCCCAAAAUGAGCGAGUACUGCCGCACGAAGGCGGUGGCCGAUUCACUUGUGCGUGCCGCCAACAGUGACCCUGGCCACCUGCAAACGGUCGUGCUGCGGCCGGGACAUGUCUACGGUGAGCGGCACACGCAGGGACUCUACGAAAUUCUUGCCGCGGCUCAGGGAAACGCCCCUCUGAUCCAGUUGGGCAAGCGAUCCGAGGACAGCAACAGAGUGCACAUGGAGGUGGCCUCAGCGGACAAUGUAGCGGCGGGCCACGUCCUGGCAGCCAAAGCACUGUUGGAAGGGAAUGCCGCCGGCGUGGCCGGCGCAGCGUUCAACCUGUCAGACGGCGCGCCUGUGCCCUUUUGGCACCACGCCCGUGUGAUCUGGGGCAUUGCACGGGGUCGAGAGGCCCUCGACAAGGUUUGGGUGCUGCCAUCGUGGAUCAUGGUCGCUGUCGUCGCCGUGGCCGAGUGGUCGUACUGGGCUUUUUCGUUUGGCAAGGCCCAGCCGCCAACCGAAUUCACAAGCGCGUCUCUGUCCUACUGCAUCGAAUCACACAGUUACAGCAUUGACAAGGCCCGGCGUCUUCUGCACUUUGCACCAGUGGCCAACCACGACGACGAUUUGGCUGCGUCGGUGCGGUGGGAACUGGCACGGAGGGGGCAGCCAAUACUGGGGUGA